GCUUUUAGUGAAUAAUCAGUGGGUCAGCUUUUUGGUUUCUGGAAAAAAUUCAUAAUUAUGACAGAGCCUGCAAAAAGUGUGUAAAUGAAAAACAUUUAUUUUCUAUUUUGUUGAGAUAGCCGGGAAAACUUAUUCUAAGAUCAACUUUAUGCUAUUUCCUGAAUUUAGUUUAAAUGUAAAUUUUAUGUUAAAAAGUUAAGUUUAACAUAGUUCACAAUUUAUUUUAAAUUCAGUGUACAACUUAUAUGACUAGUAUUCACUUUCCUUCUAGUUACUAAAUAGCAAAUUGACCUAUUUAGUCGAUCAAAAGAAAAGACAACAAACAACAUCUGAAAAUGUCAACUCUGUGAAAUCAGUAGGCUUUAAACUUUUCUUUUAAUUUCAAAAAAAAUAAAGUGACCGAAAUGUUGCCCGCUGUUCAGCAGAAGCUGAGUGAUGUUUUUAUAUAUCUGGAGAUAAGACAGCGGUUGGUGCUCUGCUGCUUCACCUUCUUGGCCAUCAUAAAUGCCUAUACCAUGAGGCUUUGCUUGGACUUUUCACUUAACCGGAUCGUCUUGGAAUGUAAUGAUGGCGAGAGCUCCAAAGUGCCACAAGUUCUUAAUCCAAAGUCCCUGCCCAACUGGCGUUUGGAACUGGCCAUGAGACUUAAUCAAACGGAAUCUCAUUUGAGGCGAAGGAUGAAAGCUGGCAGGGAACGGUCCGAUCAGAAUCAGAUGAAAGGAACCCAAAAGAGGCAAAAGGAGAGCCGGGAAACUGUCCAAGAUAGGCCUCCUGUUCAGCGGGGUUCUCGUGAAAGGAUCAGCUGCUCCGAACUGUGGUCUCGUCAAAUCCAAUCCCUUGUGGUAAUGGCCUUCUAUGCCGGCUAUGUGCUCACCCACGUUCCGGGUGGACGACUAUCAGAGCGAUAUGGCGGAAAAUGGGUCCUUGGAGUGGCCAUCCUUACGUCCGCUGUGCUCACCCUUCUCACUCCCGCUGCAGUGCGUCAGGGCGGACCCUAUGUCCUGGUGGGUGUCCGUCUCCUUGUUGGCCUGUGCGAAGGUCCCUGCUUCCCAGCGGUGUGUGCCCUUCUAGCUCAAUGGGUUCCCGAACAGGAACGCGGGAUGCUGGCCAGUUGCGUCCUUAGUGGCGGAGAAAUCGGAAUCAUUAUGGUUCAGUUGGUCAGCGGAUUGGUGAUGGCGGAGCAGGACUGGCCUGUCGCGUUCUAUCUUGUUGGAGGAGGUGCUGUGGCCUGGUUUCUGGGAUUUACCCUCGUUUGCUAUAGUACACCUGACCACUGCCCAUUUAUCCAGAGUGAGGAGAGGGAUUAUAUUAGAAGCAACACAAGCAUCGCCCUGCUCAUAACCUCCAGCAGAGAAGUCAGGGAAAGGCCAGAAGAAGAAAGAGAAGAAGCCACCACAGAUGGGGAAGAAGGAAGAGUGGCGCCAACCAGCUCAGCACCUUGGAAGAGCAUGCUGACCAACACCCCGCUCUGGGCACUUGUGUCCGCGUCCAUGCAGCAAGAGUUCCAACAGAAGUUGCCCCAGGAUCUGCAGAUCGUUCUGGCGGAGAUGCAUUCCCGUGCCAGCAGUGCGUGGGAGGAACUUCCCGCCACAAUCGCGGUGAUCGGCCCACAUAUUGGCAACUGGGUGGCUUCGCUGACCACUGGCCGUCUGAGUGAUCUUCUAAUCUCCGAGCAGAUCCUCACCCGCACGCAGACGCGCCGUCUCAUGUCCUGGCUGAUGAUCUUCUGCGCAUCCAUGUACAUGCUGCAGAUCCAGGCGAACGGAGCACGGAUCUGGAGUGUCCUGGCAAUGGGUGCUUACUAUGCUAGCAUCAAGUUGUUGCCGCUGGAUAUGAGUCCGAAUUACGCCGGCACUCUGAUGGGAAUCUCCGGCGGAUUGGGUGCCCUGCCGGCCCUUGUGAUGCCCUAUCUGGAGCAGAUGGAGAAGGAUUACAGCCUGGUGAGCAGUGUGAGAGCCGCCCUGUGGAUAAUCGGAGCUGGUUACAUUUCCGGAGAUGUACAGUCGUUCAACCAACCGGAACCGCAGCCACAAUGAGGACACUCGCUUGUU